AUGAAUACUCUUAAUUGCAUUUUUAUUGUACUUCUAAUUUUCAAGAAGACUGGAGCUCGUCAGUGAUAGUCCAUAUUUUAGUCAAUAUAUUUUGUAGAGGACUGCACGUUCUAUCCAGUCGUCCCUCUCGGCAUGACAAACCGUUAUAUUGGAAUACUAAAUGAUCAAAUAACGGCCUCUUCAUGGUUUUCUGAUCAAACACGGCCGUACUAUGGACGUCUCCACAUAUCAGAAGGUUUUCGGUUUUAUAAAACCAAUGAAAAAUUUAGCCUUUGUUUACGAUUCCUCAAUUCGUAACUUAAUUAUAUGUAUAAAUUGUUAAUAUGAAACCAAAAUUACAGAAGGUGCAGGGGCCUGGGUCGCUCGUGAUAAUGACGACAAACAGUGGAUACAAAUCGAUCUCCUGAAAAGGAAGAUAAUAACUUCCGUUGCAACUCAAGGCCGACAGGGUUCACGGGAAUGGGUUCAGGAUUAUUAUAUUUAUUACACGGAUGCAGACCAACCGAUUCAGUGGUCGGUUGUAAAGGAUUCUCUAGGAGAACCACAAGUAAUGAUUUCAAACUACUUAUUUUUCUCAGCUUUUUGACGGGAAUUCUGAUGGAAACACUGUGAAAACUGUAAAUUUUACUCACCCAGUCGUUGCCCGUUAUAUAAGGCUCAAUCCACAGCGAUGGAAUGGAUUAAUUGCCCUACGGAUGGAGCUUUUUGGCUGCGAGUACAGUAAGUCAAGGAUUUUAGUGGUUUCUAUCAUGAGUCACAUUUCAUUGUUUGUCAUAUAUGUGUUAUCGACUCGGCCCACGUUUGUGACAUUUUCAGUGGAAUUUAGAUUCAUCUGGAGUAGUAAAGUACGGAAUCAAGUCCAAAUAUUCCUAAAGGGUGGUAUGCUGGAUUAAAAUAAUUUACUAAGGUGGCAACUUUCAGCCAAGCCCAGAACGCCUGCUAAAAUGUAUAACGCGAUAUUUGGUGGCCGAACACUACCUAAAUCAAUGAGAAAAACGGACCACUGGGCACAGAUGAGAAUGCAAAAUUAGCAAAAAACACAAACCGAGCGGACGGACUGUGACGGGGCAACCAAAAGGGCACAAAAAGUCUGAACAUUAAAUAUGUUAAAGUCCCCAGUGCAAAUCGGGCAAAGAUUCAAAAACGGACUUAGGACUCUCGAGAAAAUAUGAAGCAAACACUGUCUUUUGUAUACGGAAGUCCGCGGGGCUGAUGUUUGCAAAAUCAGUGUUUGGAUUUGGACAUGGCAGUAGCACAAAUGUAUUCCUAACACAUAUACGACCUAAAUCUGGGCUCAUGCAGCUACUACUACUACUACUACUACUACUAUUAUUAUUAUUACUACUACUACUACUACUACUACUACUACUACUACUACUAUUACUACCACUAUGCAAAGAAGCUGCAAGUGCUUCGGCACCUUAUUGCGCUCCCCAGCAUUCUAUGAGUGCUUUUCGGCACAUAAACUCCGGGCAUAAAUUAUAAGUAAAUAAUUUUGCAACCUACUAAAUGAUUAAUUUGGAAGCGCAUGCCCUGGUAAGCUGGGUUGCGGACAACCAGCCUACGCAGAAUAACUGUUCAAAACUCAUUCUUCAAAAGUAAUAGUACUACCAAUAGCGUGACUUCAUACGACCGUAAUUUCACUAGUCUCUCAAUGCAAGUAUUUAAAAAAGACUGUAGGCCCGUGUUUAUCAAUGUUUCUAAUGCUGAUUGGCGAAAAUACGACCGAUCCGGCACAUUGAAAGGAUCCCCAUUGUGUUUUGUGUGGUUUCGGAUAUUUAACGAAACGUUAUUCAGCACACACUGGGGCAGUUUUCCAUCGCCUUCUAUGUAGGCGUCAUAGUUAUUUUAUGACCCAUUAUGUACCCGCCAUCCUUUUUCGGUCUAGAAUAUAGUUGAAAUAAGCUUUGUGCUACAUCUUGAUCUCCUUAUUUAAGUAAUUGUAUUCGCAGAUUUGUUUCUAAUAUACCAGGAUUCCUCUAGUGUCUUUGAUCUAUUGAUGUUGCUUGACGCUUGGCUACAUUUUUUUUAUCGUGAAAUAGUGUUCCCAGUUUACAUGAACCAGAACAACAAUGAACAACGGCUUUCACCUAAAAGGUACCCUUGCAAUCGCAGCAUCUAGGAAAAUGCAACCUUAAUUCAAGUUAUUUAUGCAAAACAGAGGGUUUGCUUGAAAUAGGCCGUCUACUGAGUACGAGAAACAGCAUGAGUGAAGAGGCUUGUGGAAACGGCCGGUUAUAUGGCAGAGGGGAAUGUCAUAGGCUGAUGGGUGACCAGUUAGCACAGAGAGGAUGUGAACAGGGGUACAUGACCUUAAUCGUUCGCUUGUCACGCGCUGUAGCGGCCAAAGACGUUGAGGGUAGCACGCAUGGGGUAACAUGGAGUACUAGCUAUAAAUCCUAGCUAAUCUGAUCUGAAGAGAGAUGUGAAACGGGUCACUGAUCUCAUCCAAGCUGACAGUAGAAAAAGUCAAGUGGUGCGCAAUACGUAUACUAAGAGCAACGAAAUAGGUACAUAAGAUAAUGUUAAACAAUUCAAAGGGGGAUAAGAAUUACAGAAGAUGUGAUGAUCCGUCUGGAUGAUGGGGUGAUACCGAAAUACCAGCUAGACAACCGGUGGGGAAUGCAGCGAUGUCGGCAACUGUGGGGUGGGAUCGUGGAAAGUGCCGACGUAGAGUGGGAGAUACGGUACGAUAACGACGGUAACAACGGGAGAGGGGUCAGCGGGGACGUGAGGGUGGAACAUCGGCUAUUUUCGCCGACAUGCGGUCACACCAUCCUCAUCCUGGAUCCGCGCUUCAAAAGUGUCACAACAUUCAAACAACCCUGUUAAUUUCAAGGGACGUUACGGCCCUGAUAGCCCAGGCAGCAUACACUGCAUAAUAUUCGUGCUUGAUGAUGCAGCUUUAUGAGCUUAUUAGCUAUUCAAGAUUCAAAACAGCGGUUUAGACCCCAUGAUAUUUAAUGAUUGCCAUACCUCUCAGAGACAUAAAUUUGCUAAAGAACGUUCUGUAAUUAACAGAAAACGGCUUAAAGUUCACGAGCCUGUUUCUGUAACACAUUAAAACGCCGGCGAUGUUGCCUAAGAUUAAACCAAAAACUCCUUGUCAUCGUCCUCCAAUGAAGUAGAACAACAUAAAGGGUAAAAAUGAAGCCUGUGUAAUUACCAAACUUAUUUUGAAAACUGUAAUAUCUAUUUGAUGAAACGACCUGCUGUGUUUGCCAGAAGGACCCCUUUUCGCCUUUUAUCUUACUAUUCCUGUAUUUUUUUUUAACUUAUUUGCCCACAAAAAUUAUGUUUUAAAUAAGGCUUUUAGCAGUUAACACAUACGUCAGCGCUUUUAACUGCCAUAACUGGGUGUCCAAGCUAGCUUAAUUUUAGUCAAAACGAAAGAAAGAUAAGUCGGAAUCGAUUGCUUGUUCUGUCAGCCUGGUUAAUUCCGUCGAGUAUCCCACCCCCUCCCUUAGUUCUGACGGGUGGUUACCUAAAUGGCGCUGUCACAAAGAAACACCCAAACCCGCUUUAUUUUUCAUGGUUUGUUUAUUUUCUUUGGUAAGAAAGGAUAAAUCAGCAAAAAUUAUCUUUCUACGUGACAAAGUAGAUAUUUUCAAAAAAACUCUCGUUUGAUAUGUUAAAUCGAUAAAUAGAAAUGCAGAUUAAUGUUUUCUCUGACUACUACAUGCAAAUAUUUUCCAUAAAUGUCUGCGCCGAUCUGAAUGUUGGGCCGAGUCUUGGGUAAGAGUGAGUAUUGCACUUUAUGUUAAAACGUAGUUUUUUACUCGACAAAAGUCAAGUGAUACAAACUGAGGCUUCGAGUUUCACGAUUGUAGGACCCUUCACGGCAAAUUUUGACGGUAAAACCUGGAUCGAACUGCUCUUGGAUCGUCCAGGAAGGGAAACACAGACCGCUGUUGAUAAUCUCAAAUUCCGUUUUCGGACAUCAAAAGUGAAUGGUCUUAUUCUUUACGGAGAUGACAGUCAGCAUGACUACUUCACUGUUGAAUUAUUCCGGUAUGUGUGCAUCUCCUAAUAAUGCAAAGAGAAGCUGAAUUUCGCGCUAACCGACUUCUUACACUAGUUGUUUUUUCCGUCUGGUGAGACUCCCAUAGUCUGAAAACUUGCGCUGCAGCAGUCUUCGGACAACUGAUUUAAAUUCCUAUACCUGUCAUUUAUUAUAAGUAAGAACAACAACGUGUUUAGCCCGUGUGAGUCUUUCAAAAAGCCCAAAUGUUUUCCAUAAUCCUUUCUUUACUCUUCUGCACCGAAGUCAGAAAUUUCGCACUCAUAGGUUGAUUAGUAUCCACUGAAUAAAAUAAUUGUUAUCCCCAAGUCCUACAAAUGCGAUUGAAAUUAUUGAUCUAGUCAGAUAUAUCUCUCAGUUGACCGAAACCACACAGUAUUAUCUGGAAAUGACGCCACGAGACUGAAUCAUGUGUUUGUCCUUUUCGAUUUAGCGGAAGACUACAGGUCUCAGUCAACCUGGGCACUUUUCCAUGGGAGGACGAGCAAACUGAUAACAGCGUUCUUGCAGGCAGUCUUCUUGAUGACGACCAGUGGCACGACGUAUCCAUCAUAAGGACAGAGAAAAAUUUAAACAUAUCUGUGGAUGGCGUGUCUACGUGGAGAAACCUGUCAGCCGUCUUUCUGCACAUGGACAUGAACCGUAGGGUAUGUUUAGUUCUUAGUAGUGACGGGCUUUAUCCACAAAUUUAACAGCUCUCUGAUGGUUUGUGGAGCUGACUCCCCUAUGAAAAUGCCUCCCAAUCUAUCAGUGACUAGGUCCCAUUGGAAACUUUGAUCAAACUAACUUUAAUGCUCUGAAGAUUUCAAAUUAAUUAAACAAAAAGGGAGAGAAGUCAACUUCACCAGUAGGGCACGAGAAUAUAUCCCCCGCGAUCUAAAUUCAUGCGUCGUGUCUACUUAUUUCAUUUAGAUAGCUUGAUUUACAUAAGUAUUAAAUUCAGGAUCUUUCUAUAAAGCACUUCAAUUAAGGGGUCCCCUAACCGUCGUUUGAGCUACCCCUCAGCUACCUGUCUGAAUUGUGCCCCUCUUGCUGAAUUAAUUGUGUCUUAAAUAAAAGAGCAAGACUCAAGCUCUUUGCGAGAUAGGUACUGAAGCUGGUUUACAUCCGCGUGGAACGGGGAGGCGAGGCUAGUACACUUCACACAGGCCUUUAAUAAUUAUUUUUCAUGUUAAAAUCGACUAAACGGGGUCGAUUUCCGAGAAGAGCCAUCUGUUAGCAUGAGAUUUCGAGGAUUUUUCCGACCGGACGUUGCCGUUUCAAGUGAAUAUGAUAUAAUCCACUCGAGCAAGAGACAGUUAUUGUCUCUUACAGAGUCGCGACUUCAAGUAAGCCUGUCGUCCCUUCUGCACUAAUUCCGUUUUCCAUCCACUCGGAACUAAAUCGAUUAUUCUCCUCCUAUUCCAUCUCUUUGUAGUUGUAUGUCGGUGGUCUGCCGAGUUUUGCAAACAAGAAGAGUGUAACUGUCACAGAGAAUUUUAUGGGUUGCCUGGAGGAAUUCAACUUCAAUGGAGUCCAAUUCAUCCGCGACACUCAACGCACUCAGCAGGGCCUCAUAAUGACGGAAGAACAGUGGCGUACCGAGGACUGGCUUGAGGCCCUCGGUUACCCCUCGAAGGACCCCCUUCUCUGGUGGGGUCCUCCAACAACUACCCAGGACCUCAACAUCACCGGCUUCACCAUUGGUGGUACAGGAAAGUUAGGCAAAACCUGUCCAGCCCCGGUUCUAGAUCCAACCAUCAUCACCUUUCCACGCAUCGAACGCUCCCUGGUUUACAUCCGCGUGGAACGGGGAGGCGAGGCUAGUACACUUCAGUUCAGCAUGGAUUUCCGAACAUUCAACCGCGGAGGUUCUCUCUUCUACCACACCAUCGAUGCAGACGUCCAUUAUGUCUCGGUGAGAGUUAGCCCGUCCUCCGAUGACGUCUAUUUUGCUCAUUUGUAGGUUGACGACAGGGAUGCGAGUAGGCCAGGGCAUCUGCUUUUCCAGGCUAAUUGUAUUAGCCGUAGCAUCGAUCACCACCCAAGAUCAGUGGCUCAAGCGUACACACAUACAUUACAGAGGUGGUCCGUAGACGAGGUCUACCUGAUGGGUCCUAGAAACUUUGCCAAACCAAACUUCACCAGUGCCUUUAUCCUUAUCCAAGGCGGUAGUUAGGAUUAUGAUCGAUUAAAUGAAGAUAGAACAGCAAAUUUCUCUAAGCUCCCUCUAUCCCCUUCCUUACCCUAUCCUUAUCUUAGAAUGGCCAUAUUUGGCUUACUAGGUGACUACCUAUUUGAGGCUCCUUCCCAACACACUGAGAGUUCGUUUGUUCAGAAAAUCCGAAAGUUCAGUGUGUGUCCUUUCUCUCAUAUAUAAUUGGUCCUACCCCAUAAUGCGAAAACCCGGCGUUCUGUGUGGGGAACCGGAUCGUGUGUGGCAGGGGCAGACGAACUGUUUUGGCCCUGUCAGACACUACAGCCAAUCUCAGCAACAGUUGAUUGACCGGCUCGGACUGAGUGUUGGUGCCUAGGAAGAGAGAGAGAGAUAGAGAGGGGGAGAGGGGGAGAGGAGUAAGACCGACUCUCAGGACGUCAUCCUCACGACAUUUCAGCGCAUUUCCAAACAUAAAAAGUCUGAUUCGACUGAAUCCAUCCCGACGCAUUAAGCGUCGUGUGUUUGUAGGCUAUCAACUGACGAUACAACUCAGACCUCGAAGUUGACCUUGCGUGUGUUUUUGUGGAGUGGUCGACUGGUGGACUGUGAAUCAGGUUGAGCGGCUUCUUAACACGGCCGCCAUGAUGCUCUCAUGUAUGCGUGUUUCGAGGCGAACACUCCUUUGUGUGAAAAUCUGGUUUGUCGUGCGUAUAGCUAGGUCGUGUGUGGCAUUCGCAGACGCGCUGCUUAGCUCUGACAGCUCUGUCAGAGGCUAUUUAAGGCGUCUGAAAGCAAAGAUACUUGCUCUUAAUUACAAUUCAAAAGGCAAUUUGGCGAGCAUACGUGUGCUUUCGACAAAUUCUCUUCAGGCCUGUACAUUUGUAUGGCUAUUGAAGUAAUGAAUUAAAAGAUACGGACAAGUAGAUAAUUAUGCUGUAGCUCUGGUUUGGGGAGGGGGGGGGGGAAGGGGGAGAGUGAAACAUCAAAAUUCCAGUUGGCGUCAGGGAGAAGGUGGGCCCCGGGGAAGGUAAUUGUAUGCGGGCAGGUAGCUUGGUUGCAUUAAACCAUGACAAUUGUGGGACCUGUAUGAAGUUCUUCUGUGCGCAUAGGACCGGCCCGCGUAGCCUGAUUGCAGCCGCCUCUGCCGUAGCCAACAUGCGCUGCCCAAGUAGUUUUGGAUAGCUUGACGGAACCUUGUAAAUUACUCUGAAGACCUCUCUGACGUCUACACGGUGGUAUUUGUCUACCAUGUGCGCGAGGAUCGAGCUGUUGAUGUUCUUUAUUUGAUCCUUUCCUAACCAUGCUGGAAGAUAUUCCUUAUUCUUUUGGAUAAAUGCCGGCUCGUGCGACCAAUAUAUGCUGCCUCACAGGAGCAGGUGAAGGAGUAAAUACACAUAGAGGUGGUCUGAGCUGGUAGUUUAUUCUUGCUCUCUCCGUAUGGGAUGGAACUAGUGGAGAACAGUACGCGGGUGUCAGCUGCUGGAAAGGUCUGUGAUACAGCUUGAGUUAGGCGUCUUCUUAAAAGUUCACUUGGUGCCUCCCCUUGAAAUGGGACUCUGAUGAAGAGCCUUGUCUCUCCUUCCGUCAGUAUCGGGGUCUUUGGUUGUCUUAGACUCUUAAUUAGUCUUCACACAUUCAGUACACACCAGUAAUUCUUAGAAAGCACGUUGAUAUUCCUACAGAGAAGCACGCAGAAACAGUGCUCAGAGUUACUCUUUCACCCCCUACAGUUGGAAAUGGACUCCAUCACUGGACACCUGGUGGUGGAGAUUUUGAUGCCCGGCGUCAACUUUAUACGCUGCGACAUACCUAAUGAGGAUUCCGUUGCGCUGAAUGGCACCUUUGCAGACGGGCUCUGGCAUUCUGUCUACUUCAAGAUGCAGGCUGAUCUCGUGGAGGUGACCGCCGACAACCGGGUCUACACGACCAUCCAGAAGUUCCUGCAACAAGUCAGUUCUCUUCGCGGACCUGCCUUUUUGCAAAGACACAUUUCCGUUUGA